AUGUGUAUCUGAUUUAAAGUUUUAAUAAACAAUCAUGAAAGCUGGAUCUUCCAUUUCCAAAUCCUAAAUUCGUUACCUCCUUCUCCCCCUUCGUAAUCGUUACCCAAACAAAGUUUUCAUAAUUUUGUUAUAUCCUCAAUCAAUCGACCCCAAAUUCCAAUUCUAAUUAGAUCUAGGGUUUCAAUUUCCUCAAAGAUGCAGUUCAAAUCAUCACAAUCAUCAUUUCGAGAUCGUACACAUGAAUUCCUCACCGUUGCAGAGAGAUUGAAGAAAUCAGUUUCAUCUGGAUCAGCUCCAAACGGAGCCACCACCAGUGCUCCUUCUUCCUCUUUCCCUUCUUCUUCCAGAUCCGACGAUCCUCGAUCUGCCGUUGCAAUUCAAUCCGAGUUUAAUCGAAGAGCUUCCAAAAUCGGUUAUGGAAUUCACCAAACUUCUCAGAAACUUUCCAAGCUCGCCAAAUUGGCGAAAAGGACUUCGGUUUUUGACGAUCCAACAAUGGAGAUUCAAGAAUUAACAAGUGUUAUUAAGCAAGAUAUUACUGCGCUUAACUCUGCGGUUGUGGAUCUUCAAUUAAUCAGUAAUUCUAGAAAUGAGAGUGGAAAUGUUUCUACCGACACUACUAGUCAUUCAACUACUGUCGUGGAUGACCUAAAGACGCGAUUGAUGAGCACUACCAAGGAAUUUAAAGAUGUUCUUACCAUGCGAACUGAGAAUUUGAAAGUGCAUGAGAAUAGAAGACAAUUGUUUUCGGCGAAUGCUUCUAAGGAUUCUGCCAAUCCUUUCAUCCGUCAACGUCCUUUAGCUACAAAGUCGGCUGCUAGUACUUCUAGUGCCCCUGCACCUCCAUGGGCUAGUGGGAAGCAGGUGGAUGGAGAGAGUCAACCGUUGUUGCAGCAGCAGCAGCAGCAGGUAGUUCCAUUGCAGGACAGUUACAUGCAAAGCAGAGCUGAAGCUCUUCAAAAUGUUGAGUCCACUAUUCAUGAGCUCAGCAACAUCUUUAAUCAACUAGCAACACUUGUCUCCCAGCAAGGGGAGGUUGCCAUAAGGAUUGAUGAGAACAUGGAUGAUACGUUGGCAAAUGUGGAGGGGGCACAAGGGGCUUUGUUGAAGUAUUUAAAUAGCAUAUCUUCUAAUAGGUGGCUGAUGAUCAAGAUUUUCUUUGUAUUGAUGUUUUUCCUCAUGGUUUUCUUAUUUUUUGUGGCAUAGUCGUUCCAGAGACAAAAUUGACCAGGAGGAUACACACCAUUCUUACUGGUGAUAAGCCUUUUGUAUCCCAUUACCAUUUCUUUCUCCAAAUAUAUAUUCGUUAUGACCAUCUAGCUUUGGACCAACUUUGUCAAAUUUUAUACUUGUACGUAAUGAUGCAUAUAACGAGGCUAAGUACUGUGUGCAUUGCAUUUGUGAUGAUGAUUAUAUUGAAUCUAUCAAUUGUGAAGCUUCAAUUUGCUAA